AUGAGUGGAUUGGUCAAUUAUGUACACGAGUUUGGGACUGCAUUAAAAGAAGAAAACUCCAAAGCUUUAACAAAAUGUUUAACUAUCAGUCCUACAAUUACAAUAGCAAAUACCCGUAAAGAUUUUCCAGAACCAAGUGAUGUUGAUUUGUUUCAUAUUCCAGAAAAGUUUAGACCAGUUUUGAAAUGUCAUAUCCAAUUAAUGAAAGCAGUUUAUAAUGAAAAAUCGCUUGACAAAGCAUUUGAAGUACUAAACCAGUUGAUUUUGAAUUUAAUAAUGGCCAGUGAUUUUCUAACUAAUUGGAUAAAUCAUCCGUUAAUCAAAAGCCUUAGUGAAUUAAUCGCCAUUUAUAAAACCAAAGAAAGUAGGAACCCAGAAGACUUGGACUCGUUUAUUGAAGACGAUACUGAUGCUAUGGAUGGGACACAAUCUCAAAAAAGUUGUUUGGAGACUUUAGUAAUAACAUUUAGAAAAGCUUGUCAAUUGUCUCUUGGAGAUAAAAAUUUAGAUUGGAAGUUAUCUAAAAGAAAUGAUGUUUAUUAUUUUUUAGCAAACUUUGUAAAAUAUUGUUUUAAGUUGGGUAAGUUGGAUUUGGCUAAAUCAGUUACUAAAGCGGUAAAAAAUAUCAGUGACAGAUUACCGGCUCUUGAUAGUUCAGUGAAAACCAAAAAAUAUGGGGUGAUUUAUUUAUACUACCAAGCAUUAAUGGCAUUAGAUGACGGAGACUAUGUGGAGAGUGAAAAGAAUCUUGACUAUGCCUUGAAACUAAUGGAUGAUUAUCAAGAUUUGAAAAGUAAUCAACUCGGUCAGAUUUUGUUGGUGUUAAUCCCCUUAAAGUUAUAUAAUCAUGGCCAAUUCCCACUGAAAAAGAUUUGGUUAAAAUACCCAGUAUUACGAGCUUUAUAUCGUGAUAAUUUUUUGAAAGCGAUAUUGGAAGGUAACAUUGCAAGAUUUAAUCAAUCCUUAGAGAAAUUUCAAACGAUAUUAUUGAAAAAGCAUUUGUAUGUUCUAAUAGAAAUGUUGAGACCUUUGGUACAUUUGCAAUUGAUUAAGAAAACAUAUAAUUUGAAUAUGGAAUUGAAUCCUGAUUCGAAAACAAAACAUGUGAUUCCUAUCAGGGCAUUCCAACUAGCAUUAGAGUACUCAACUUUCAAUAAAAACUAUAAAUGUGAUUUCAAUUUCGCGGGAGAUCAUUUGUAUACAAUCAGUAAGUUUGAAACUGAGUGUAUCGUGGGCUAUUUAAUAACAAAGAGGAGAAUUAAAGCAUAUCUUAGUGUUCUGAAAGAAGGAUGUGUUAUAUUUGCGAAAACAGAUGUUUUCCCAAAACCACUGUGA